UCCCUAGGACUCUAGAAAAUAUUUCUGUGGCGCGACGCAAUUUUUGUAGCCGUUCUCAAAGGUAGUGCUGUUCCAAAAUGAGCACUAAACCGGACUUAAACCAUUCGGAUCUGAGCAUAGAACUGCUGGCUCCAGAAACAAUACUAAAAACUGACGACGAUGUAGCAUCGGGGCCCAUAUUGACACAGCAACAGCAGAAAAAAGUGGCGGAGGAUCCAGCCGGCUCCUCUAAGCCGGACGAGCUCAUUUCGCUAGAGACGCUCCGCGAAUCGCCAGUGCAAUGGCCCGAGAGAUUCCCUGGCAUGGAUGAAUUCCUCACAAUGUGCGAUACACCUAUGUACUUACCCAGCGUUGAGCCCAUUUCCACCUUAACCGCCGAGGACAUGGCAAAAAUAAACCGUCUGUCAAAGAUGGCGCCCGAUGAAUUGAUCGCGAAGAUCAAGAGCAUGCAUGAUGAAAUCUAUCAACUGGGCCUUUUAGAGGCCAAGGAGAUGUCCCGAGGCAAGCUGUUGGAAAUCUUCGAUCGCGAUCGUAAUCCCAAGCGUCACACCUGACCCAAAUUACGCCAUUUAAGAGGCGUAUGGGAUGGGACCACCCUCAGACCUUUUUCUGGUGCCCAUCCGAAGAAUCCUUAGCUCUUAGUAUAUCUUUUUUUGUUAAUACAUACCUACCCUAUACAACGCGUGUUUGAACCUUUGUAGAUUGCACGCCUACCGACCAGCAAAAUAAUAUUAUUUCUAUUGUUAAUUUAUGGCGAUAAUGGUUGCAACAUUAUACAGUGCCUGCAAAAAAUAUUACUACAUUGCACGCGCCGACCACCGAAAGAAAACUAUUUAUAAGAAAAAUUGAUUGCAACCGUAACGUUUAUGUUUAUUAAAGCAUUGAUUACAUGGA